AUGAGUGGGCAUCAUCGCCGUCUUGUACCCGGUCCCUCGCCUGAGGAGGAGGAACAUGACCACGACAACUACCAUGAAAAUGAUCUUGAAAAUGGCAGUCCACUCACCGAGGAAGGUAAGGGUUCUGGUACGUGGAAGAAGAGAGUUUCGACUGCGUGUCUGGCUUGUAAGAAGUCGAAGAGGAAGUGCUCCGGCACAUCCCCCUGCGCAAACUGCCAAACCUUCAAAAGAGUCUGCAUCUUCGACGAAUCUCUCGACCAACGCCGACGCGUAGCCGCAAAACGCACAGCAGACGAGCUCUCCUACCACCGCGACCUCCUCUCCGACCUCUUCAAGCUCGUCCGCGAAGCAAACGAAGCUGACGCCCUCCAUCUCCUAACGAUAAUCCGCCACAAUGCCCCCGCCGAUGAAAUCCGCGCCUACAUAAACGAAACACUCGCCUCGAUCACGUCAACCACUGAUACAUCAACAUCCACGGCGCACAAGCAGGAAACCGUCGCGAAGCUGGAGGAUAUGCGCCAGCUUCUCAAUGUCGAGGGUACGGGUCCCACUUUCAGAAGGAAGGUUAUGGAUAUCCAUUACCUGUGUGACUCGGCGCCUUGUGAAGUGCCUGCGGCGCCGUGGACGAGGGUUACUGCUGAUGCGGAUCUGGUGUCGCAUCUUGUUUCGUUGUAUUUUGCGUGGGAUUGGCCGUUUGCGGCUAUUUUGGACAAGGAGGUUUUUGUUAGGCAUAUGGCGAAGGGGUACUUCUCUGAGUUCUCCGAGGCUUAUGUUGUUCCUGGCGAUAUCUCUUCAAAAGGGAGUGGUUUUCUUGCCGAGGCAGAGAGGUUGAGAGGCGAAGAGAAUUCGCAGCCUAGUUUGGCAGGUUUACAGGGGACGUUGUUGAUGUAUGAGAGAUAUGCAAUGUCCCGCGAAGACGAUCUGGGCUAUAUCAUGCUGCACCAGGCUAUCCAAAUGGGCGAGGCACUGGGUCUGGUCGGCAGCACAGGACCUAGAAUAGCUUCGGCGGAGUUAUCCCAAGACAUGGAUAUCUCAUGCAAGCGCACAGCUUGGGGUUUGUUCAACGUCGACACCAUGGUCCACACAUCCUUCCUGCGCCCAAGUCUCAUCGAUCACGUCAACAUGGCCCGUCUGGAUAUCAACCAGCCCGAAGACAAAGCCCUCUGGCAGCCAUACCCAACCCAUCGCGACCCGCGCCUGUCAUUCUUCAGUCAGUACUUCGACGAAGCAUGCAACCUGUCAACGAUCGCACGCGAUAUCUCCCGCAACAUGUUCGCAGACCACAGGAGCAAGACUGGCCUCGGCCCUAUCCACCGCCAGAGCCGCGAGGAUCUGUACGACCGUAUCCGUCGUUGGCACGAUCUUCUCCCGGAGGACUUUGAUGUGCGGUAUAGGCCGGCUCCGCAUAUUAUCUUGUUGAAAAUGCGCUACCACGCCCUCAUCAUAAAUCUCUUCAGCUGCAUUUCCGAAGAUGAAGUCCCGCCCACACCCUUCGAGCCCAAAACACCGGAAAGCCCGCCGCGCCAUACUCCCGAGAGAAAAUAUAACGCGCGGGAAGUAACGCAGAGCGCGGCCCGCGGCAUCGCUGCCCUAACGCGUCUCCACAGACGUGAGUUCGGGGUUAGCCGCGCGCACCAGUUUGCGAUGUAUGCGAUCAACCUGGCGCUGUUUACGCUGCUCGAGCAAGACUCGUUUGAUGUGCUGGAUGAGGAUUUCCUCAUUCUUUCGAGUGCAUUCUCGGUUGUUGCGAGUCGAUCCGCGCUGGGGAGGAAUCUGUUUCAUAUUUUCCGACAGUCGGUCAGGGCGAAGGCGCAGGGCUAUCGUAUUCGGGAGAGUUCUGUGCCUGAUGAGUUGAAGGAUUUGUUUGACGAGGCCUCGAAGGAAAGGGGGUGUGAUCGAUUUGAUGAGUAUGCUGAUGGACUUGAGAAGUUAAAUCAGAAGGAAAAGUAUCAUGGGAUUGGAGAUGGGAAUGGUAAAGGGUUGCAGGAUUAUCCUGGACUUGGACUUUCCGAUAUGUUGGAUCGAUAUGAGAGUCUGAGUCUUGGGAAGGAUGAUGUUCUGGUUGAGAGGUAUCGACCUGUUGGAUGUUGA